AUGUCAACAAAACUCGACCCGAACAGUCCAAUCUGUCUCUUCACCGUUGACAUCAUGAACAACUGGGCUAUGGAGUUUUUUCAGGGUCUAAACUUUGAAAUGUUUUUGUUAAAUGGAAGAGAUUGUGACGGCUUAUUGUUUGAGCCAGGCGCUUGCUUUCCUUUAAGGAUCGUUUUCGACUUUGGGAUUUACGGUCAAACGAUUUCCCUUCUCGGCAUUGCCAUUGAGCGUUACUGUGCGAUUUCAAUGACGAAUCGCUACAAAUUCGUUUCUUCAACGCUGGGUCUCGUGUUAACGACUUUUGUGAUUGUGUUCACAAUGGCCCUUGUUCUCUAUGUACACUUUCAUGAGGAUCCCACCGAAUUACAAUUCAAUUGUGGUCCAGUCACUCGUACCGCUGCUUCUGCCGCGAAUAUUCUUCCACCCUAUUAUGCCCUCGUUCUACCGCCAUUCAUUGUGUUCAUGCUUCGGCGAAUCGAGCUCCAAAGAAAAAUGUCAAUUGAGGCAAUUACUUCCUCGUGGCAAGUUGAGAAGAAUCCACCAUCGGUUAUUCAAGAAAAACUCAAAUCAACAAGUCCAAACGAUCAUCACAAUCGUGUCACACCAUUUCAAGCA